AUGGCCUCCGCCCGGGACGGGUGCCACCCUGUCCUUUCAGGGUCCUUUGCCUCUUUCCACUUCAGUUCCCUCCUGGCGCUGAGCUGCCUCUUCUUCACUUUCCCGGGCUCCUGGCUGGGCCUGAACGUCUCCUGGGCUUUUCCCAUCGUUUCUGGCAACCUUCUCAUCCUGACCAUCCUCUACUUCUUCCUCACCAGUUUCACAGACACGGGGAUCCUCCACAAAGGCAUUGAAGAAGAGCUGGAGAACCAGGCCAACACGCUGAGCAGCCGCCAGCAACACUGGUGCAACAACUGCCAGUUAUAUUGCUUGCCGCACACUUUCCAUUGUCGCUGGUGCAACAUUUGUGUGGAGGAAUUCGACCAUCACUGCCUGUGGGUGAACAACUGUAUCGGCUGCCACAACUUCCGUUUCUUCCUCCUCUUUGUCUUCUUCCUGACCAUCUACGACCUGGUGGCGCUCCUCGCCUGCUUCACUUACCUGGCGCUUAACUUCCAGCAGCCCUUUGGUGUGGAAAAGAUCUGCAC